AUAAGGAUAAAAAAAAGAUUGUCCCAAUACUUUACUAGCCGGCGGCGGCCGCAUCCCAAUUCCCACAUCCCCUUCUGCAAUCAAAAACCGAGCUAGGGUUUUAGGGGGAGACAGAGAAGCAGAGGGAGGCUCCAUGGACAACCCCGAGAUGCAGCGAUUCAUUCAGAAAGAGCAGCAGAAGGCGAUGAUGAACGAGAUGGUCGGCAAGCUAACGAGCGCGUGCUGGGACAAAUGCAUCACCAGCGCUCCCGGGAGCAAGUUCAGCUCCGGGGAAUCAACCUGCCUGACCAACUGCGCUCAGAGGUUCCUCGACAUGAGCGUGCUGAUUGCCAAACGCUUCGAGAUGCAGUGAGGCGUCGUCACUCGAAGCUGUUGCCUGGUCAAUCGCCCUAAGCUUUUCCUUUGAUUUGAGGUUCCAUUGAGGACUUUCGGACGAUUCAACACAGAGUUUAGUGUUUUUUUUAUGUCUUACCCACUGCCCUGUUUAGGCAACGUGUUAAAGUGUGUUUGAGCCUAUUGAAAUUGGAUUUGUACACCUCCUGCUCUUAAACAAGAUCUCUCA